GUGCCACUGCACUCCAGGCUGGGCUACAAGAACAAAACUCUUCCAAACAACAACAACUGAAAAAUCAGCCAUUCACCUAUGACAUGCUGGGCAUUGUGUUAUGUGCUUAGAGAAGAAGAAAGUGAAUAAUCAACUGUAGCAGAAUUCACUUGAUUACCUUGGGCAAAACAUUGACCUUGCUGGGCCUUAGUUUCCUAUAGAUUUAAUGACUUGUUUAGACAUAAUUUUGUCCUGGGUUUCUCCCAUCCCAUGACUCUGUCCUUAACCUUCUGAAGCAUCCUGUGCCAUCUGCAAACUGCAAAUUGCUAUCUUCACAAGUGUAGCGGGAUUUCUCUAGAAAUCUCUUCUUAUAAAUCAUGAAAGUUCUCAGAGGAAGGGUCAGAGACAAGAGGUAGAGAAAGAUGAAGUUAGAGGCAAAGGAGAAAGCCCUCCUGUGACACCUGGUCUGGGUGGGGACUGGGGGUGCAGGAAGGGAGGCGACGGGGCCAGACCCGCCUGCCAGGAGGGCCUGCCAGAUGCCCUGACCGUCCUGCAAAAUCUCACACCCUCCUUGCUCCCUACCAGCCCUAGCUCCAGUUCAGGCCGGGUUGCAAUCUGCAUAAUGUGUCCCAUUUAGAUUGGACGGGUGGGGGUGAGAACGGGAGGGCGGAGACCCCUGAGGAGGGAGUGCCCUAAAGGGCAGGCAGGAAGUGGUGGCCCGAGGAAACUGGAGGGGUAGAGGCUGGGGUGAAGGUGGGUGGCAGGCAGAGUGGGGAGGCGGGGCCAGGGGAGCGGACUUGCAAAAGCACAGAUAAUGUUCAGCCCAGCACAGUAGGGGUCAAUUUGGUCCACUUGCCAAGUGACAAAAAGAAAAAAAAAGUGGGCUGUCACUUAAAGAUCUGGACUCACAGGAGAGGGGCUGGUCUGGAGGUGGGAGGAGGCAGUGACAAGUCAAGGAGGAGACUGGGACUCAGGAGGGUGCGAGGAAGUGUCUUAGCUGAGACGGGGCAAGGCAGGCGGCAGUGGAGGAAGGUCUGCAGGAGAGAGGCUUCCUCCAGGGUCUGGAGAACCCAGAGGCAGCUCCUCCUGCGUGCCGGGAAGGACUCUGGGCACCUUCAGCCCUUCUACCAUCUGAGGCUUAAGCCGGAAAUUCAGGGUGCUUGCAGAGUGGGUGACAGAGCCACGGAGCCUGUGUGCCUGGGACUCCUUGCCCGUCUUCUCUCCACUCCCCAGCAUGGAGGAAGGUGGUGAUUUUGACAACUACUAUGGGGCGGACAACCAGUCUGAGUGUGAGUACACAGACUGGAAAUCCUCGGGGGCUCUCAUCCCUGCCAUCUACAUGUUGGUCUUCCUCCUGGGCACCUCGGGCAACGGUCUGGUGCUCUGGACCGUGUUUCGGACCAGCCGGGAGAAGAGGCGCUCAGCUGAUAUCUUCAUCGCUAGCCUGGCGGUGGCUGACCUGACCUUCGUGGUGACGCUGCCCCUGUGGGCCACCUACACGUACCGGGACUAUGACUGGCCCUUUGGGACCUUCUCCUGCAAGCUCAGCAGCUACCUCAUCUUCGUCAACAUGUACGCCAGCGUCUUCUGCCUCACCGGCCUCAGCUUCGACCGCUACCUGGCCAUCGUGAGGCCGGUGGCCAAUGCUCGGCUGAGGCUGCGGGUCAGCGGGGCCGUGGCCACGGCGGUCCUGUGGGUGCUGGCUGCCCUCCUGGCCAUGCCCGUCAUGGUGUUCCGCACCACCGGGGACCUGGAGAACACCACCAAGGUGCAGUGCUACAUGGACUACUCCGUGGUGGCCAGCGUGAGCUCGGAGUGGGCCUGGGAGGUGGGCCUGGGGGUCUCGUCCACUGCCGUGGGCUUCGUGGUGCCCUUCACCAUCAUGCUGACCUGUUACUUCUUCAUCGCCCAAACCAUCGCCGGCCACUUCCGCAAGGAGCGCAUCGAGGGCCUGCGUAAGCGGCGCCGGCUGCUGAGCAUCAUCGUGGUGCUGGUGGUGACCUUUGCUCUGUGCUGGAUGCCCUACCACCUGGUGAAGACGCUCUACAUGCUGGGCAGCCUGCUGCACUGGCCCUGUGACUUCGACCUCUUCCUCAUGAACGUCUUCCCUUACUGCACCUGCAUCAGCUACAUCAACAGCUGCCUCAACCCUUUCCUCUACGCCUUCUUCGACCCCCGCUUCCGCCAGUCCUGCACCUCCAUGCUCUGCUGCGGCCACAGCAGGUGCGCGGGCACCUCCCACAGCAGCAGUGGGGAGAAGUCAGCCAGCUACUCUUCGGGGCACAGCCAGGGGCCCGGCCCCAACAUGGGCAAGGGUGGAGAGCAGAUGCAUGAGAAAUCCAUCCCUUACAGCCAGGAGACCCUCGUGGUUGACUAGGGCCGGGAGCAGAGAGAAGCCUGGUGCCCUCGGCCCUCCCCAGCCUUUGCCCUUGCUUUCUGAAAACCAGGUAGUGUGGCUACACCUUCUCCCUGCACGUCCUUUCACUGCCCCCAACUCCCGUCCCACCCCAUCCUCCUCUACUUCUUUAUUCUUUCUCAGAGGUUUGUGUUUUAGGGGAAAGUGACUGGGUCCUAUAGACCUGACCAUGCACAAGCUGUUUCUUCUCACCCAGCCUCAGUUUCUCCAUUGGUAUGAAAUGGGGGAAAAUCAUAUUGACCCUAAAAUGUUGAAGCCUGAGUCCGGACUCAAUAAAAUCUCAUUUCCCUCCACUGCUUUCUUAGAUCUGCAGCCGUCUUUUCUCUCCUUUCCUUGUAUUUUUUCCCACUCACCACUCUCUGCAGCUGUCGCUUCUCAUCCCGCCUUCUGGCACCAAGCCCCUCCCAUAGCUCAUCCCCCUGUCUCCAUCCCUCCUUCUCCCUUGCCUACUUUCUUGUUCUGAAGGGCUACUAAGGGUUAAGGAUCCCAAAGCUUGCCGAGACUGACCCCGUGUAAGCUCUCUAUCCCGUUUUCUGAGUGUGAGGCAGGGAAUGGGCUGGGGCGGGGGUGGGCUAUGUGUCCACAGAGAGUUAGCGCUCCAGCCCUUAGAGCUGGGUGCUCCAGAGCUUGCCCUAAGAUUGGAUCACUUCCCUGUCAUUUCGGGAACUGGGGCUAGCGUGAUUCCUGCAGUCCCUCCGUGGGACCAUGACACUGAUUAGAGAUGCAUUCUCCAAAUUUUCUGCAGACCCUUUCAUCCUUCCUCUAUUUUCUGUGGGAAUUGGAAGGCAGCAGGGUUGAUGAAUGGACGCGCUCCUUAGUUUCACUAUGUGAGUGGGGAGUUGGGAAGGGAAACGAGAGAGAGGAUGGAGUGGAGGGGCGUUUGCAUUUAGUCUAG